UGCGCUAGCGGGAGAGGAACCGUGCGUCGGACGUAGCGGCGCCGCUGCGCGUGCUCGGACUUUUGCCACCACGCGCGUCCCGCGCACCAGCGACGGUGAGCCAAGUCGGAAAGCGGUGCGUGCGCGGGCAGCUGUCACCCACGAGUCGGCCCAUGUGUCGAGCCGCCGGCGGCUAGUGGACUAGCAACGCCGGCCGGUCGUCUCCAGCGCACCCCGACCACCUUCCCCACCCCCGCGACCGUUGGCGCCGGGGCAACGCGAGCUCUGGCCAUGUCCUACGCCCAGUUCGGCUACUCGUCUCCGUCCCAGCUGAUGGGAGGCGGCUCUGGGCACUCGCCUUCUCCGGGCACGGCGGCCUGCUGCGAGCCCGCCCGGCCCUUGGUGGGCGAGUCUCCGGGGGCCCCGGUCGUGGCCUCGGCGGCGGCGGGGCCCGCGGCUGUCUGCUCGCUGCCGGCCAGUUCUUACGACUCCCGGCUGCUGUCCACCUACCCGCAGCUGGCCACGCCCAGGUUCUACAACGCGGGCUACGGAGACCAGGCCGGUGCCGCAGAUUACGCCAACCUGGCCGUCGAUUCGUCCGCCUUCUACCCGACCCUGAAUCCGGCCUACACGAUGAAGGAAGCUGCCGACCCCUGGAGAGGCAUCACCCAGCCGGCGUCUUAUUAUUACGAUCCUGCGCUAGCCGCUUACGGGUAUGGCGGACUCGACUUCAAUGGGGCGCGACGAAAAAACGUUACUAGGGACUCGACGUCCACGCUCAAGGCCUGGCUGAACGAGCACCGCAAGAACCCGUACCCGACCAAGGGCGAAAAGAUUAUGCUGGCCAUCAUCACCAAGAUGACGCUCACACAGGUAUCCACGUGGUUCGCCAACGCGAGACGUCGGCUCAAGAAGGAGAACAAGAUGACGUGGGAGCCUCGGAACAAAGCCGACGCGGAUGAUUCCGGGGAGGACAAGAAAGACGACGAGGACACGAUGGAGGAGCGCACGAGCAUCGCCCAGGACCCCAUGCGCAGGACAGAGUCGUCCAGAUCCUACUGCAGUCUAUCGAGUUUGCAACAUUCGCGAGACUCCACGUUACGGCCACCUCAAACUUCCGUCGAGGUCGAGCGUGAACCAGCGGAGCUGCAGACCACACAGCCCCACCCGUCCAACGCCGCCAUGGAGCAACAGCAACAACAGCGGCAUGGUUACGGGCACUCCAUGAACCCGUAUGCCGUCGGAGGCACGUCCCGGUCACCGAUCCUCAGUGGCAUCAUGUCUCUGGCUCCGCCGAACGCCCUGACGGGCUACACACCGGCUGCCUCAUCAGACAGCCCAUCUCCAGACCUCCAGGGACUCGAAUCUCUCAUGUCCAAGUCUUCGCCCAACGCGGCGGACGAUUCUUCCGGAGCCGACAACUCACACAGCAAGCCCAAGAUCUGGUCCCUUGCGGACACGGCCACAAGCAAGAGCCCUCCGCCUCCACUGCCCUGUGCUGCCGGUCAGCCGUCGGGACAUCAGACGCACGGUACACCCAAGGAAGCUGCGGCUGCCACAGGAAACCACGGUUCGGUACUUGGAUGGUUUUCCGGAGGAUACCACCACCACCGAGGCGGCACACCCACAUCUGGCCACUUCGGAGGCUACGCUAGCAACGGCUUCAGUCCUGGAGCCACAGCGCCGCAAACAGACACUCCACCGCAGACGCCGCCCAAUGCGAAGAUGAAUGCCACGGGAGCAUCGUCUUCCAUACCGUUCCACUUGGGCUCUGGUGGCUACUUCCAAGGCCAGGGCUGUCCUUCGCACCUGUACCUAGGGCAGGCAUCUUCAGGAGGCGGACAUCCGCAGAUGAGUGUUGACAAGUCGUCGUCGGUAUCGUGCGCCGGAGGCCCCGUGCCCAUCUACCGGGCUGGAGCGGGCUACGCGGUCGCGUCAUCGGCACCCGCCGCCAUCAUGGCCGCUGCCGGAAGUCCCUGCGCAGACGCCGGCUCGUCCUCUUCCAACUCCUCUUCCUCCGAGGACGAGUUCGCGCAGCAGCACUACGGGACCGGCACGCCCGUCGACGCCAUGGCCGACGCCAUGCCCUGAGCGCCGGACCGCCGGACCCCCCUGACGCCCCACCCGCCUCUGGAGCGGCGUCGAACUGUGAUGACGGUUCGCAUGUUUAGUCGGGACCGAGCGGCUGCGGACGGACUGCCUGGACAGCUGGCCGCGGCGCUCGGGGCCUCGGGGUUCUCGUUCGAGCCUCCUGGCCCCUUCCCCGUGUUCGUACGUGUCUGUGUGUGAGUGGAACAUGUGCUUCACCCCGCUGUCAGUUGCCGCCUAGCGCCCUUUGCAUUUUGGAGGACGGCCCUCGUGCCUGGUCGGGCCGCGACCCUCCUAAGAUACAGAUAGCCUCUUCCGCCGCGACCUGUCGGCGAGUGGUUGUUCGCGAUGGUGGUGGUUAGUGCUGCUUCCCCGUGCACGUGUCGCAGCACGCGUCCCGAAACGAAUUACUUGCGGAAUCGUAGCCGGGUAUCGUUAGUUAGACAGUGCCAGCUUCUGUUCCGCUUAUUUGUCUAUGUAGAUAUAUUUGCAGUGAGGUCAUAGCAAAGGCUAGCUGUCCUGGAAAUGCCCUUUGUUGAAGGGUUAAGCAUAUCAUAGCUAUACCUUAGCGAAUAAAGCGGAAAGAGACAAAGAAUCGUUGAGGGUAAAUUAUUAGGUUCGAUGCACGCAGUUCAUACAGCGUUUAUUGUGUGAUAAUAGGUUUCGCGUAACAUACUGAUUUAGAUAUCAGAAGUCGCUUUUGCACAGAAUAGAGGCCAUAAAGAGAACGAAAUUAACUCCAUUCGACCUGUUCGGCAAAUUGAUUCAGAAUCUCUCACAUAUGUAUAAAAUAUAAGUAUGCGCGUGUGUGAUGGUCGUGUAUGAAAGAGCGAAUCUCGAAGGCAGAAGAAAUCAGCCUACGAUACAGGCGCCUGCCCCUUCUUAGCGAAAAUAAAUCUCAAUCUAUUUAUAUUUCAAUGAUAACCCCUGGCUUGUUUAAUUUGAUAAUUAAGAAUCCAUUUUGUUGAUUCUGUGUAACAAUAGGUAUUUAUUAAAAAAGGGUUCCCACGUAUAAUUAACUUUCAAAAGCCGUAAGCGAUGUUCGCAACUCACCACUGUACAUGCUUUGAAAUACGGCGGAAGCAUUGAAUGUGAAAAUCUCAAGACAUUAGGUGUUCUCGUGUGGAAAUUCACGGUGAAAAUAUCUACCGAAACUAUCUGAAAGAUACCUGUGAAUAUGUACACCUUCACAGAGCUCAUCUGCAUCUACGUUUACUGAAAUGGAGAGACAGUGCCACCAAUGAAAUGCAAACAAAUCUGAAGCGCUUCGUGCUCGCGUGUGUACAAAAUGAGACUGAUU